AUGGUACUUUCAUCAAAAGCCAUUUUUCUUGGUUUCGCCAUCGUUACCACUACCUUUUUCAAUGGCUGUCUAGCAGCAGGAUUGAACGUGGGCAUCCAUAAGCACGAAUCCUUAGAUACAUGGUUUCUGGUCACAGAAAGGUCAAGCUAUGUGAUCAGCGCAGCUGCCAACGGAUAUCUUGUCAACAUGCAUUGGGGCAGACGACUGACGCACCUGGACGAUCUCAAUGCGACGGUGGUUGAACCUCCCAUUUGGUCCCAAAUCAUCCCCGUCACUGAAGCUCGAGAGGAGUUGCCUGUCUUUGGUGGUCUUCGCUACCGUGAAGCCGUGCUCAAAGCAGAACUACCUGACGGUGUACGCGAGUUGAACCUUCAAUUUGCCGGUAACGCUAAUAUUAGCAGCGAUCACGGUGGUACGCGCUUGGACCUCGAUUUACGUGACGCGAAUCGAACAGAACUUUUGGUGACACUGCAUUAUGAAAUCGAUGUGGAAAACGAUAUCAUCCGUCGAUCCUAUACAGUCCGCAAUGGUCUCGAUGGCAGAGUCAAUUUGUCCAAGGCUUUCUCUGCUGCCUGGCAUUUGCCUUAUGCGCUCGGUUGGGACGAACAUCGUGAGCUCGUCACUCUUGCUGGUGAAUGGGCCCAAGAAGCUAUGGUGGAAACAACCCGUUUGGCUCCGGGCGUGAAGCACACAGUCGAAAGCACACGCGGUUUGAGCGAUCAUGUAUCUCAGCCGUACUUUGCUUUAGCUCAGGUACCCAAUGCCGUAAAUCCUAGCACAGAAGUCUACUUUGGUGCGCUUGCGUGGACUGGUAGCUGGGAGAUUACGGUUCACACUGAUACCAAGGGCUAUGUAAGAGUCGCUGGCGGUAUUCAUCAUCAAGACUUUGGCUGGACUUUGGAGCCAGGAGAGUCGUUCACAACCCCUGUGUUUGCCGCUGGGUUUACAGACGAAGGAUUGCCAGGAGCUCGACUCCGUAUGCCACGGCAUGCACGCAAGAUCCAGAAACGUAAUUUAUUGACGCAAAAGGAUGACGACGUAUACCAUCCCGUGCUUUAUAACUCAUGGGAAGCGGUCGCUUUCGAUCUUACGUUUGAGAAGCAAAUGGAACUGGCUGAUAAGGCUGCUCCUCUUGGUGUUGAGUUGUUUGUCGUGGACGAUGGCUGGUUUGGCGGACGUUCAAGCGACACUGCCGGUUUAGGUGAUUGGUUCACUAACAAAACCAAGUUCCCUGGGGGCAUGAAGCCUCUUGCAGACCACGUUCAUGAUCUGGGAAUGAAGUUUGGACUCUGGUUUGAAAUGGAAAUGGUUAAUCCCGACUCCGAUCUAUACCGUGAACACCCUGAUUGGGUUUUCUACUAUGAAGGAGUACCACGCUACCUAUCACGGACCCAGCUUGUGUUGAACUUUGGUCUUAAGGAAGUGCGUGAUUACAUGUACGAGCAAGCCGCCGCUCAUAUUGAAGAAGCAGGCAUCGAUUAUAUAAAAUGGGACUUUAAUAGACCUAUGCAAGGUGUGACCAUGCACGACUAUGACCGCAAUCCCAAAGAAGCUUGGGUACUGGCUGUCGAAGGCUACUAUGAGAUAAUUGCUCGGCUCAAGGAACGUUUCCCUCAUCUAUGGUUCGAAUCCUGCUCAUCUGGUGGAGGUCGAAUGGAUCUCGGUGCCAUUGAGCGUACUGACCAAAUUUGGACGAGCGACAACACACGACCCGAUGCGCGCCUGUUCAUCCAGUACGGUGCAUCUUUGUGGGUUCCUCCACGUUCCAUGUACGGCUGGGUCACUGACUCAUCGAGCGAUGCAAACAUCGAAGUCCCGCUCUCGUUCCGUUUCCAUACGUCCUUUAUGGGCGGUCUCGGUAUAGGAUCCAACAUUAACGAAUUUUCGGAAGAGCAACUCACUGAGGCAACUCACUGGAUCGCGUUGUACAAGAAAAUGCGACAUGUGAUCCAGAAUGGCAAUCUCGAUUGGCUGGUUCCACCAACGCGUGUGGGUGAACUUGUUGCUGCAACGCAGAGUACCUAUAAACAAGAAGAAGCGGUCAUUUUGGCAUUCCGUCUUAAUAGUCCUUACCCAGCGAGUGGCGAGCUCAGCCCCAUUCGUGCUCGUUAUCUUGACGAAAAUGCUACUUAUCGUGUCACUAUUUGGCAGGAGGAUCCAGAAAACCCAGUGGAUGAGUAUGAAAUGUCAGGCGCAUUACUCAUGUAUCGCGGUUUGGAGUUGCCUGGUUUGAAUGAAGGCAUGUUCAAGAGUGCCGUUGUCUGGUUGCAACAAGCCUAA